AAAAAAAAGGUUGGGGCAUGUAAAAUAUAUAUAUUUUAAACUCUAAAGCAACUUUAAACAUCUUUAAGUUAAAGCGUGAUGUUUGACCUCUUUCUUUAAAUCCACAUUAUUACUGUGUAUUAUUAUUAUUAUUAUUCUGCUCCUUCAGUGAUUAUUUUUACAUUUCGUCAUUAAUCUGUCAUUUUCAGCUCCUCUUAACAGCACAGCCUGAAAAUGUGUCCUGAUGUUUGUGUUCUUAUCAGAUGGAUGAGCUCGUCUGAUUGAAGCAUUUGUCAUGUAAAUGUGAGCCCGUUUGAUGGACGAGCCCGCAGACUUGACAGAGUGCUGUAGGUCCUUUGCCAUUGGCGUUUAGCGGGUCACAUGGUGUGUCAGGAAGGUGAUAUGAGGGUGGAAGGCAGCUUUGACAUACUACCUAGAAGAGUUAGGGGGCAAAGGGAGCAGCGAUUAAUGACUGCUCGCUCUUGAUCACUUUUCUGAACAAACAACAGGCCCCGGCUCCAGGAUGAACUCCUACUUAGAUUAUCCAGUGUGCAACAGGGGAGCGAAUAUCUUCAGUGCCAAGGCCGGAUACCACACUUUAAACCAUGGAUACAUGUCGUCCAACUCGUCGUGCGCAACAAGUGAGAGUUACGCACCAGACGGGCGCAUAGUCGCUGCAACUUCUGCGCCACACCAGAGCCCGAGUCUCCCCCUGCACCAUCAGACACACGUCAACCUGGACCUACAGUUUGCACCACAGAGUAACUCCAUGUACGGCUCUCCUUUGGAGUACGGACAUCACCAGUACGGCCUCGCUCCCGAGCAGGACCGCAGCUACAUUCACGCUCAGGUUUCACCCCUGGGAACAAACAUGGCUCCCUACACCGGGGACAGCUGCGGGCCCGGAGUCUCAACCGGGGGUCAGUACUUGCAUUUCGGCAGCGGGGAUCAGAGGCUGCAAGAAUACCCGGAGAGCGUUUACUCGAGACUUCCGGUCCAUAACAAGGAGAAGGACCUGGAGCAUGUGGAGGAAGCUUCGAAAACAUUCGACUGGAUGAAAGUGAAGAGAAAUCCUCCCAAAACAGCGGUCCUGUCGGAGUUCGGGGUUCCCGGCCAGCACAACGUGAUCCGCACCAACUUCACCACCAAGCAGCUGACCGAGCUGGAGAAAGAGUUCCACUUCAACAAGUACCUGACGCGGGCGCGGAGGGUGGAGGUGGCCGCCAGUCUGGAGCUCAACGAGACGCAGGUGAAGAUCUGGUUCCAGAAUCGCCGCAUGAAGCAGAAGAAACGCGAGAAGCUGGGCUGCGUUCUGGUCAACACGCCGACACCUGUGGAGAAAGUCUCCGGGCCUGACACCUCUCCACAGGGGAAAGGGGAAAGACUGUGAUCAAUGAAGUGACUUUAAAAAAAAAAAAAAAGAAUAACAUGACUGUGGGGCCUUCAGGGCAGGUUUUCUACUUCUUUGCCUCAGUGGCACAUUCCAGAAAGAAAAAACUGUGAAAAAUGGACGUGCACUAGUGAAGAAUACAGGGUAUGUUUGUGUCUGCUAGUGUGCUUAAACUGCGUUUGUUUUACACAUGAGAAGCUUGAAAAACACUUUUUCUCUCUAGCAUUGGUUUGUUUUGUGUUUGAGCACUGAGAACUCAGUGUGAAUGUUUGCACUAUUUAUUUACAGGGUAUUUUACAAUGACUGUUCAGAGGAUUUAGCUUAAUAAAUAAAGUCUAUCAAAUAGAAGAAAAA